UCCAUCUUCCUCGACUCGCUCGCCGAUUUCAAUUUGAAGUCUCUUUGACUCUUCUUCUCCCCUUUUACGGUUUAAACUUGGUGUAAUUCUGCGUGGCUUCCCUAAACGUAUUGUUUCCCAGAAACAGAGACAGAGUUUGUUUUUUCCUUGCUACGACUCUUCUCGCUGAUGCGGAAACCGGAUAUGCUACCGGAAAAACAUUCGCCUGGGUUUAGUCGAUCGGAUACUAAUCGGCGGCGGCGACGACGUUAAAAAGUGAUAAGCGUACCGAAUCCUCUUCUGGGUUUGUCUUCUUCCUCAAUAUUUCUUUGAGGAAAAAGUCGUCGUUUUUUUUUUGCUGAUCAUAUCUCCUCUAAGGGCGUGUGAUCUGUCCAAUCGUGUUAGUGGUCCUCUCUUGGCUGGAUGUGCAAUGCAAAGGCCGUGUCUUCGGGUUAGAAGAAGAGUUUCUGAGAGCAGCAAUUGUAAUGGAAGGAACAGCUUCUACAAAGUAUCUCUGUCUCUGGUUUUUCUCCUUUGGCUACUUCUCUUCCUAUCCACCUUGUUGAUUAGCCAUGGAGAUGGUGGCAAAGAUGCGGCUUUGAUUGACUCUGUAGGAAUAGCUGAUCCGUAUGAUGGUCGGACAGAUGAGACAGCUGUGCCCUUGGAUGCACCGCCAUUAGUAGAGCCUGAUUCUGUUCAUCGUGUUACUUCUGAUUUGAGCCGGAAUGAUGGUAUAACCCCGUCUGAGGAAAGUGAAGACAAAGAAAAGUCUGUGAAGCAAGCAGAGAUCAAUAGCACAGUUUUAGGGAAUGAUACGGAAAGCAAAGACGAUCACUUUUUGAAACAAAGUGAGAUAAACAAGACAGAUGCAGGGAAUGACGCAGAAAGCAAAGAGGAUGAUUUUUCGAAGCAAAUAGAGAUGAACAAGACAGGUACAUGGAAUGACGCAGAAAGCAAGGAGAAUGAGUUUUUGAGGCAAAGUCAGAUGAACGUGAACGAGACAGGCACAGGGAAUUAUACAGAAAGCAAAAAAAAUGAGUCUUUGAAGAAAAAUCAGAUGAACAAAACAGAUCCAGGGAAUGAUACAGAGAUCAAUGCUUCAAAGGUUGAUCAACUCUCUCGUGCUGUGCCGAUUGGCCUUGAUGAGUUCAAGAGCAGAGCGUCAAAUUCUAGAAACAAAUCGUUAUCAGGUCAGGUCAGUGGUGUGACUCACAGGCUGGAGCCUGGAGGGAAAGAGUACAAUUAUGCAUCUGCUUCAAAAGGCGCAAAGGUCCUGUCUUCGAACAAGGAAGCAAAAGGGGCUACAAGCAUCCUAAGCCGGGACAAUGACAAGUAUCUCAGAAAUCCGUGUUCUACUGAAGGUAAAUAUGUCGUCAUAGAACUUUCAGAGGAAACGUUGGUUAAUACCAUCAAGAUCGCGAAUUUUGAGCAUUACUCUUCCAAUCUGAAAGAGUUUGAGCUUCAGGGCACCUUGGUUUAUCCAACUGAUACAUGGGUUCAUAUGGGAAACUUCACAGCUGCAAACGUGAAGCACGGUCAAAACUUCACACUCGUGGAGCCAAAGUGGGUGAGAUACUUGAAGCUAAACUUUCUAAGCCAUUAUGGUUCGGAAUUCUACUGCACCUUGAGUUUAGUAGAAGUCUACGGAGUGGAUGCCGUAGAACGAAUGCUGGAGGAUUUGAUAUCCGUGGAAGAUAACAAAAAAAUAUUCAACACCCGAGAGGGAGAUUUUGAGCAGAAGGAGAAGCCAGUAAAGCAGCAAACAGAGUCCACUGAAGGCGAUGAAGGAGCUGAUAGGAGCACGCAGAGAGGGAACGAGCGGGAAACCGCAGCAGAGAAUAUGGUAGCAAAAGCUGAAGCAUCAAUGGCGAAGAGUAGUAAUAAGCUUACAGAGCCAGUGGAAGAUGUAAGGCGUCAUCAGCCAGGAAGCAGAAUGCCAGGGGACACAGUGCUGAAGAUACUGAUGCAGAAGUUAAGGUCAUUGGACUUGAACCUAUCGGUUCUAGAGAGAUACCUGGAGGAAGUGAACACGAGAUACGGGAACAUAUUCAAGGAGAUGGACGGUGAAAGCGUUGUGAGAGAGAAGGCGAUUGUGACUUUGAGACUUGACGUGGAAGGUAUGAAGGAGAGGCAAGAGAGGAUGGUGAGUGAAGCAGAGGAGAUGGAAAAGUGGCGAAAGAGAGUUGAGACAGAGAUGGAGAGAGCUGAGAAAGAGAAGGAAAACGUGAGUGAGAGGCUUGAAGAAGUUUGGCAAAGACUGGAGUGGAUGGAGAAGAAAGGCUUGAUGGUGUUCACAGUGUGUCUAGGUUUUGGGACUAUGGCUGUUAUUGCAGUUGUGGUCGGUAUGGGGACAGGUCGAGCAGAGAAAACCGGUGGUGGGGCUUGGCUCUUGUUACUGAUUAGCUCAACAUUCAUUAUGUUCGUUUUGUCUCUUUGAUGAGAGUUUUGAUCUUUCUUUUCCUUCUGUUUUUUUUUUGUACACUGUAGAGUCCAUGUUUACUAAUUUAAAGUCAAGUUCGCCUUGAGGUUCAAUAACCGGAUAGA